AUGCAUAGUAGCUCUGCGAUGAGCGCUCGGCGCUGGCCGUACGCCAUGCGGCCACAGCACGCACAGCAAUUGCUUCACAGCCUGGUCUUUGCUCAGAUCGUUACCGUCAGACAAACUAACGACGCCAAUUGUUUCACGACUUAUCGAUUAUCCUUCCCCUCUUCCCUCAAAGUUUCAAGUUGCAGCUUAGGCUUUUUCGAUCAACGUUUUCUCCGUGGGGAUCUUCGAUCAAUCGAAGGAACCUGGGAGAAGCUUUCCCAGGUUGCUGUCAAGGGCGCUGAAUACGACUCCCGUGAACGUCAACCCCAUCCAAAAUGUCUGAAAGGAACCCGGGUGGACCUCCUCGACUUCAUCUAUGGGUUAUUAGACAAGAAAGAGAAAAAUCGUAUCAUCUGGCUGCACGGCACGGCAGGCGUCGGAAAGUCUGCUGUUGCGUUCACUGUAGCUGAAAAGAUGAAAGCUCUGAAAAUGACAAAGGAGACGAAAGUAGAAAAACGACUCGGGGGGACAUUCUUUUUCUCGCGCAAGCACACGAAACGCCGCACUACUGGAUAUUUCUUUGCGACGCUUGCCUACCAGCUUGCUACCAACUUUCCCAGCAUCCGGGGGGACGUGAACAAAGCUAUCAUUGAGAAUCCCGCCCUUCUAGAUCCUGACAAGUCUCUCCGGGAUCAGAUGGAGUCGUUGUUUCUCCGACCUCUCCGGAAGCUUUUUCUCAGACUUCGCGAAUGUCCGCCUUUGGUGUUUGUUAUCGAUGCCCUUGACGAAUGCACAUCCGAAUCACUCGAAUCUGAAUCACUCGAUGAACCCACCUCCGAAAGCGAGCUCGCCGAUCUUAUCUUCAUGCUUGGCGAAGCUCUUUGUGAACCUGAUCUCCCCAUCGUCCAUAUUUUGCUCACAAGUCGCUCGGAAGAGCAUAUCCGCAAAGCUAUGCAGACUGAAGAGAUGAAACCGCUGGUAUGCGAGAUACCAGUGAAGACUUCUGGAAAGGGCGUUGCUGCCACCAUCUCAUUAGACGGCGCAGAUGUUGACAAUGACAUAUACGUUUUCUUGCAGUACUCGUUCAGAGAGCUGGAGAGUCGCCAUCCAGAUUUCCCACAACCAUCGGGCGAUCAACUUGCACGGCUAGCGAGCCGAGCGGGGAGACGUUUCAUUGUUGCAUCUACGAUGAUGAAGUUCAUUGACGAUCGAAAUCAUGAUCCCCGUGAUCAACUUCAACUCAUGCUCGAGCUAACAAGCGAGAUGCUACCAGGGACGGAAGUGUACAAGCUCUACGACCGCAUCCUCUCCACGUGUGCCGACCCGACGCUAGCAUAUCUGCACUUAUCCGUCAUUGCUGCCCUCGCAGACCCACUUCCGAUGUCGCAGAUCUCAAAACUUCUCGGCCCUGGCCAGGGCAGGGACGUCGAGACAGUACUUACGCAGCUACGAUCUAUCAUAGAUGUUCCCACCGACAGCAGUUUGCCUGUGAAUAUCUAUCAUUCGUCCGUUCGUGACUAUGUCUCCCAUCGCUCAAACUGCAGCCUCCGUCAAGUUCAAUACACGCCAUCACCGCACUCCCUACUCGCAAUUUCCUCUUUCCGCUUGAUGAUGCGAGACCUUCCAGAUCGCACGGCCCUCCUAGAUGCACUUUCAGAAUUGAAGAAGCACAGUCAAGCCACGCAACCCCAGGACCCCCAGAACUUGAAAAACUCAUUAUCCUCCAUCGUCUGCUAUGGCUUCGUGGACAUCGUGGCUCAGAGCUGCAAUUCUGGCUAG